UGUGUACCAGCAAGCUUAACAAGAAGAAGAAGAGGAGGAACAACAAUCAGGGGAGGAAGAAGAAAAGUUCUUUAAUGUCUAUAUAGAGGCUCCACUCGCUUUUUACAGUAAUGUCCCAGCAGCAACAGCCUCCGACAGCAAACCCGCAAGCAGUGCUUCAGCAACCUCCACAACAGCAGCAACAGCAGGAUUUCGACCCGGUUCAGAGGUUUAAAAUGCUAAUUCCGCAAUUAAAAGAGAGUUUACAGAACGUAAUGGCCAUCGCUUCACAAAAUUUUGCACACAAUACUGCGAUUGAUAACGGAAUUGCAGUGAGGGCAGAAAAGCCACUCUCACCAAGAAAGAGUAAUGAUUCCACAGUUCAGCGAUUUGACAAGAGUUUAGAAGAGUUUUACGCCCUCUGUGAUCAACUGGAGCUCUGUCUGCGCCUGGCUCAUGAGUGUCUCUCUCAGAGCAUCGACAGUGCCAAGCACUCUCCAAACCUGGUGCCUACAGCAACCAAACCUGAUACAGUGCAAACAGAGUCUCUGUCAUACUCUCAGUAUCUCAGCAUGAUCAAAUCUCAGAUAUCCUGUGCUAAAGACAUCCAUAAUGCUCUGCUGGAAUGCUCCAAGAAAAUAGCAGGAAAGAGUCAGCAGCAAGGCAUCCUUUAAUGGUUAAUUAGUUUCAGGUGCUGAGAGUUUGCUUCAAUUCCAUGUCCUUAGAUUGUCCUGAGAAGGAAAGUGUUUUUAGAUGGGGUUUGUAAAUAAAAAGAACACAAAAUAAAAUUGUUUGCAAAAGUGUAAAGUUGGAGAAGGUUGGUGGAAUAAAUAUGCACAUUGGUUGCUUAAUUAAAUUGUGAGCCUGUGUGCAAUGACCAAGAA